AUGACUCUCGCUCCGAACCGCACGUACCGCAAGAACCCCCUCAACGGGCUUAACUACUACACGGGCGGCUGGAACCCCAGCAGCAAGGACUACUGGGCGUCCGUCAUCUGGUCAGUGGUUUACGCGCCGCUGCUCGGCCUCCUCUGGCUGAUCCUGGGCCUCGGGAUUCUCGGAUUCUCGCUGCUCACCUGCCUGUGCUGUCGCGACAAGUGGAGCGAGAUGAGGGACCCAGCAUACGCCAAGUACACCAAGAAGGACCUCUGGGUGCCGCUGGGGUUCAUGCUCCUCGGGAUUGUCGCCGUGCUCGUCGGUUUCUCUGUGAUGCUUGCGGGGGGCGUGCAUCUGAGUAACCGAGUGCACAAGCGUCGGAUUCUCUCGGCUAAGAAGGCGGACAUUCAGAGCAAGGCGGUGGUGGCAAACCAGACAGGCAUUCGUCAUCCCUCCCUCUCCCUCCCUCUCCCUCCCUCUCGCUCCCUCUCCCUCCAUCCCCUUUCAUCAGCGGACAAAAAGGCAGACAUUCAGAGCAAGGCGGUGGUGGCAAACCAGACAGCUACUGAUCUGCAGGCCAAGACAGCGAAUGGCAUCACCAUCAUUAACAACGCACUGCGUGUAGUAACGCUCACCUUCUCCAUCAUCGGACUCUCACCUUCUCCAUCAUCGAAUGCAUCAUCACUGCUCUCUGCAUCUUCUGAGAUGUUUCAAAGACCCUCCCUGCCUUCCUGCCCCCCCUUCCUGCCCAACCCCUCCGUGCUCUCUCUUCCCCCUUCCCUGGCAGCACUCUCACCUUCUCAAUCAUCGGUUGUGUCAUCACUGCUCUUUGCAUCCUCGCCCUUUGUGUGUUCUUCCCUCUUCUUGUUCCCCCCACAACCCCCCCCUCCCACCCCCCUGGCAGUUCUCUCACCUUCUCCAUCAUCAGUUGUGUGUUUUGAGACGUCCCAAAAUCCAUCAUCCGUUGCAUCAUCAAUGCUCUCCGCUCUAAGUGUGUUCUUCCCUCUCCUUGUUCCUCCCCACACCCCCCUCCUCCCACCCCUCUGGCAGCACUCUCACAUUCUCCAUCAUCGUUCGUUCUUCCCUCUCUCCUCUCUUCCCUCCCCCUCUUUUCUCUCCCUCCUCUCUUCCCUCCCCCUCUUUUCUCUCCCUCCUCUCUUCUCUCCCCCUCUCUUCUCUCCCUCCUCUCUUCUCUCCCUCCUCUCUUCUCUCCCUCCUCUCUACUCUCCCUCCUCUCUUCUCUUCCUCCUAUCUUCCCCUCCUAUUUUGCCGUUUCUGCCCUUUUACCCCCUCUAUCUCUCUCCCUCACCAAUCUUGUCCAACUCGUCAUCCCCCGCUCCCCUCUCCCUCCCCUAUGCCCUCCCUCCCCUAUGCCCUCCCUCCCCCAUAACCUCCCCUAUGCUAGUGAACGGCGAUACCAGCGUUGCACUCGAGGAGGUGGAGCAAGACCCCACCGUCAACAGCGCCAUGGACACCUACCUCCACUGCAUUCCCAGCGACCAGCUGCUGAACGCGACUCGUUACGCGCGCUACACUGCUUCCACCGCGCUCACGACUGCCAACACGUCUGUCGCCACCAACGCACCUCAAGCCUUUGACCUGGUCAAUGCAACGGGUGGCAUCUGUGUACCGUACGGCCCGCCGCCCGAUUACACGCGCAACAUGAGCUACUGCGGUGCCGACACCGUCACCUUCCAGCAGCUGGUGGACGAGCUAGCAGCAGCAGCCAACAGCAGCACGGCAGUGCCGGUGGCGGUUCAGAACGCCAAAACGCUCUCGCUGCUCGAAUCCACCAUCCCCAACGUGCUCGUCCUCGUCAACUGCUCCUACGUCGCCAAAAUUGCCUCGUUUGCAUUGAACGAGGCACAGGCAAUGGUGGUGUGUUUCCAGAUGCUCUGGGUCGGCUUCCUGACUCCCUUCUCUCCCUCAUCUCCCUCCUCUCCCUCAUCUCCCUCCUCUCCCUCAUCUCCCUCCUCUCCCUCAUCUCCCUCCUCUCCCUCAUCUCCCUCCUCUCCCUCAUCUCCCUCCUCUCCCUCAUCUCCCUCCUCUCCCUCAUCUCCCUCCUCUCCCUCAUCUCCCUCCUCUCCCUCAUCUCCCUCCUCUCCCUCAUCUCCCUCGUCUCCCUCAUCUCCCUCCUCUCCCUUUUCUCCUCGGUUCCCUGUCAAAGCCCCCACAGUUUGCAUUGAACGAGGCACAGGAAAUGGCGGUGGAUAUCCACAUGCUCUGGGUCGGCUUCCUGGUCCUCCUUGUCUCAUUCCGUUUGCAUUGAACGAGGCACAGGAAAUGGUGGUGGAUAUCCACAUGCUCUGGGUCGGCCUCCUGGUCCUCCUUGUCACAUUCCGGUUCGCUUCUCCCCUCAUCUCCCUCCUCUCCCUCUCAUUCCAGUUUGCAUUGGACGAGGCGCAGGCGAUGGUCACGGAUUUCCAGAUGCUCUGGAUUGGCUUCCUGGUCAUCACCAUCGCCUGCAUGAUGCAGGCCCUCUCCAUGCCUAUCUACGUUGUACAAGGCUGCAGCUAUUCCAGUCGCAUACCCAGCAGAGGGGGAGGGCUAUGA